AGUCCAACUCGCUGAUCAGUGCAAUGGACCCAUCCAUUACAUUGUGGCAGUUCCUGCUACACCUGCUGGACGAUCAGAGUCAGAAGCACCUGAUCUCGUGGACGUCAGGUGAUGGGGAAUUCAAGCUGCUAGAUGCUGAGGAGGUGGCCAGGCUCUGGGGGAUGCGCAAGAAUAAAACUAACAUGAACUAUGAUAAACUUAGCAGAGCACUUCGUUACUAUUACGACAAGAAUAUUAUCAAGAAGGUUAGUGGUCAGAAGUUCGUCUACAAGUUUGUGACCUUUCCCGACCCCAACUCUGCUGAAGGGCUUAAAGGGCCUGAGGAUGCCCAGAAGGCCAGUGCAGGGGACAAAUUGGAGCUGUCCAUCCAGGCCAGAUCUGUAGGUGGCGCUAACACCACCACCUCGUGUCUGAGCAAGAGCCUGCAGGUCCAGCGCUCCUCCCCCAGCUCAGUGCAGCGCAGCUCCCGUAAUGAUUACAUGAAGUCUGGCCUCUACUCCACCUUCACUAUCCAGUCCCUGCAGAUGCCCUGCAAAACCACUUCCAAUCCCAUCAAAACAGAGCACAUACUGAAUGACGGCAGCCCCAAAGCUACCCCUCUGGACCACACAGUGCAUGAGGUGCAGGUCUGUCAGACAGAUGGACAGCAGGUUAGCGCUCAGGUCCAGUCAACUGUAGAAAGCAACAGUCUGCAGGUGAUAGUCACCCACCCGUCUCCAUGUGCUACACCUGCCCUCAGCCCUCAGACACCGUCUGGCUCUGCCACUGCAACCACGAAUACUCAAGCACAUAAGAGCCAGAGUCCGAGUGACCCACCACAGAUCUACCUGUCUGACCCCAGCUCCCUGACCUCCCUCAUUCCUCUGGCGCAUGGAGAGUGUGUGGUCAACCCAUCUCAGCCUGUGUUUGUGGUCAUUAAACCUCCUGUAGGGCUGCCUAAAGAGAACAGCUUCCCCCCUGAGGAAGACCUGCUGAAGAUUGUCAAUCUGGAUGAAAAAGCAGAUGUUGAGGUUCAGCCAGAGUCCACAGUAACUGUGCCUGGAGUUACAGAUGCCCCAGUCUCUGUAGACACCCCGUCACCCUGUGUGGAGUCUGCGGCCCAGCCCGUCGAGGAAGGAGAAGUAAAAGAGAAGCCUGAACUCCCUGAGGACACCAAUACUGCAUCAGUGUCCCUCCCAGCCAGCCCGCAGGAAGUUCAGCCUCCAAAAUCAAAGAAGCCACGUGUACUGGAGCUGCCGUCCUCAUCCACGCUGCUGCCUCCUGGACUCUCAUUGGAUAAAGUCAAUGCAGCAGUGAACAGUCUGCUGGCCUCUGGCAAUGCCACUAACACCUUAACACCCACAGUCAUCACCUCACAUGCCCUGACUCCAGUGCUGUUGACACCAAGUCCUCUCCCAUCAACCAUUCACUUCUGGAGCACGCUCAGUCCAAUCGCUCCACGCAGCCCUGCCAAGCUCUCCUUCCAGUUCCCCUCCAACGGAAGCAAUCAGAUCCAGAUCCCAGCACUGAGUGUUGAUGGCCUGUCCACGCCUGUUGUUCUUUCUCCUGGACCACAGAAACCAUAACAUGAGAUUAAUUCCAUUAAAUUCUAUUGAAGUUAUUUUCUCCCUCCCCAGCCAAUGAAAUGCAGAGGACCGUGAGUGAAAAAAAUUGAACACUCCAUAAUGAGUUCUGCUUGAUGUUGGACAGAGCGUCUGCUCCAGUGGCGACUCAACAAGAGGAGUGCGCUCUCUGCCGCCCUUAAUGAUUGGUUGAUGGAGCAGCUCUGGCUGCUUUUCUUUUUUUGUUUGUUUUUUUGCAUUUUGUAAAGUUUAUUUAUUUAUUUUUGUGGUCUCAAGACAGAAUGAGUCUAAUGCAUCUUGAGAUGCACUUUCCUGAAUGACAUUUUAAAUUGAGAACUUUGGAGGUCUCACUUUUUUAAUAUGUUUUUUUUUUCACCAUAACAUAUUAAGUUAUGGACCAGACAAGGUAACCUUUUAUUGAAUAAGGGCAUAAAAUGCCCUUUCUUUACAGAUGGUGCAUUGCUUUCUCAAAAACUUCAUUUCUUUAUUUUUUGAAAAUAGAAAGCAUGCAUUUGAAGUCUGUCAACAAACAUUCACUUGCACUUCGCAAGUUCAGUUUGUUCUUUGGCAUUACAGAAACUCCGUUUGUACACAAAUGAAUAUGGCAGUUUUAAAAAAAACAACACUUUUGUUUUAUACAUUCUAUAUUAUUUUUCCAUGGACAAAGGAGUCCUUUUGCUGAAGAGGCAUUGCAAAUGCCCAAGAAAUGGCAUGGCUAUUCCCAGGAUUUAAAGAGGUGGAACCAGGGAGGAAAAGAUACAGCAUAAUGCUCAAAUAUCAAGAUGUGGAAUGUAUUGAUAUUAUCUUUUUCUUCUGACAUCAUUCCUUUAUUUCAAAACUUUCAUUUUGUAAAUACAUUUUGCACCCAUUCCAAGUUUUGACAGAUUGCAUUUUUGGUUUUGUUGUUUUUUAAUUAUUCGAUCAAGGAGCCCUUUCUCCAUCAGCAUCUAAAAAGAUGCUGGUUUCAAAUGUUUCACAUCGAAGCUUUAGCUUUUUUCGUGCUUUUUACGAAAACGCUGGAGGAGACCAAAGACCAGCUUUAUACACAAUCCAUCUCAGCAUCUCUUUUUGUCAAAUGUUUUCAGUAUCGCUUCAC